AUGUCCGUGAACAAUUAUAGAAAAUGCGCAAAGUGUGGUAAAACACGUGCUGAAGAUAUGACGGUGACGUAUCAUAGGUUUCCGAAUCCAGGAAAGGAUAAUAACACGAAGGCUCAUGCUUGGGCCAAAUAUUGUUGGCCGAAUAAUGACUGGAGUUCUAGAGAAUCAUUAUACUCGCUCCACAAAACCAAUAAAGUUUUAUGUGGAAGACACUUUCAUUCAUCUCAAUUUUAUGACAGUACAAGGAAAAAAUUGAGUAAAUUUGCUGUGCCUGAAUUAACUGACUUACUAAAUGAUGAAACCAAUGUAUUUAACCAGAAUGCAGCAGCAUCAAAUGUAGCAGGACUGCAAAAGUCAAGAGUACCAUUUUCACGAAUUGAAAAUAGUCCAGUGUCACCCAUUUUGGUUAAACCAACAAAUAUAUUGUCACCCCUAAAACGACCUACUGACCCAAUACAGCCAUCUAAGUCAACUGACAAGGAACAGAAUGCACCAGAAGAAAUGUUACCUUCAAAACCCACAUCAACAAAGAAUGUCCAGAGUCAAGUUUUGCCAUACCAUGAUGAGUCACAUUUGACUAAAUCAGCUUCCAAGAAAUGCAAUAGUAUCCUGAGUGCAAUCAAUGUGUCUAAAAUACUCACAGAAUGCAUCAAUUCUAACGUCAAUGUUGUUGCCACUGUGUGUGAUUUAUCAACAGUAAAUCUGAAAGUAUUGAAGACAGUAGGUGUGACAACCAGUGAACCUUUUUUUUUGCACUGUGAAAAGGAAAUUGUGGCAAUUUUAGAUCCUCCACAUCUUUUAAAAUGCACUCGAAAUCUUCUCAUGAAACAUAAUGUCGAAUGCACAACAGAUGUUCAGUGCAAUGAUAAGACUGUGAAAGCAGAAGAACAGAAGCAAAUAAAUAUGGAAAAUCAAGGAUUCCUCGCGCAAAAACCCGGUUUUGCCACUACUGCUAUACACGCUGGUCAAGAACCAGAGAAGUGGACUUCUAGAUGCGUGGUACCACCUAUUGUUACCUCAACUACUUUUCAACAACCGGGCCCUGCUGAACCUAUCCAAUAUGAGUAUGGCAGGUCUGGAAACCCUACCAGGAAUACUUUUGAAGAAUGCCUCGCGGCUUUAGAUGUCGCGAAACACGGUCUUGUUUUCGCUUCAGGUCUUGCAGCAGCAACGACAAUUUACUCCUUAUUCGAGAGUGGUGAUCAUGUACUUUGCUGUGAUGAUGUAUAUGGCGGUAUCAAUCGACUUUUCAGCAAAGUUCUGGUGAGGAUGGGGUUUGAAGUUACAUUUACAGACUUUACAAACAUUGAAAACGUAGAAAAAGCAAUUCAACCCAAUACCAAGAUGAUUUGGAUAGAGACACCGACAAAUCCGAUGUUGAAAGUGAUCGAUCUGGCUGCAGUGGCUAAAGUGGCCAAAAGUCGCAAAGGAAUUGUAACUGUUGUGGAUAACACUUUUCUAACGCCCUAUUUACAAAAACCUCUGGACUUUGGUAUCGAUAUUGUGGUGUAUUCGUUAACAAAGUAUAUGAAUGGACAUUCCGAUGUAAUUAUGGGUGCGGCGACACUUAACGAUGAUGAUUUAGCUACGAGACUACGGUUUCUUCAAAAUGCUUUAGGUGCUGUCCCAUCACCAAUGGAUUGUUAUUUAGUCAACAGAAGCUUAAAAACGUUGGCAUUACGAAUGGAGCAACAUAAAAAAUCAUCGCUAAUUAUCGCUAAAUGGUUACAGCAACAUCCGCAAGUUUCAAAAGUAUUGCAUCCAGGUCUAGAGGAUCACCCACAACAUGAAAUUGCUAAAAAACAGAUGUCCGGUCACUCCGGUGUCUUCAGCUUCGUACAUAGAGGUGGCUUAGAGGAAUCAAGAAAGUUAUUGAAGUCUCUAAAAAUUUUCAUUUUGGCUGAAAGUUUAGGAGGAUAUGAAAGUUUAGCAGAAUUACCAUCUCUAAUGACGCAUGCGUCGGUGCCAGACGUACAGCGAAAAGAACUUGGUAUCACCGACUCUCUUAUUAGAUUGUCGGUUGGACUGGAAGACGCCGAAGAUCUAAUGGAAUAUGAAGGAUUCCUUACGCAAAACCCCGGCUUUGCCACUACUGCUAUUCACGCUGGACAAGAACCAGAGAAGUGGACUUCUAGAUGCGUGGUACCAGGUAUAGUUACCUCAUCUACUUUUCAACAACCGGGGCCUGCUGAACCUUCCAAAUUUGUGUAUAGCAGGACUGGAAAUCCUACCAGGAAUAUUUUAGAAGAAUGCCUCGCGGCUUUAGAUGGCGGGAAACACGCUCUUGCUUUCUCUUCAGGUCUUGGAGCAGCAACGACAAUUUAUUCCUUAUUCGAUAGCGGUGACCACAUACUUUGCUGUGAUGAUGUAUAUGGCGGUAUCAAUCGACUUUUCAGCAAAGUUGUGGUAAGGAUGGGGUUUGAAGUUACAUUUGCAACUUUUACAAAUAUUGAAAACGUAGAAAAAGCUGUUAAAAACAAUACCAAGAUGAUUUGGAUAGAGACACCCUCAAAUCCGUUGUUGAAAGUGAUCGAUCUGGCUGCAGUGGCUAAAGUGGCCAAAAGCCGCGGAAUUGUAACUGUUGCGGAUAACACUUUUCUAACGCCCUACUUACAAAAACCUCUGGACUUUGGUAUCGAUAUUGUGAUGUAUUCGGCAACAAAGUAUAUGAAUGGGCAUUCCGAUGUAAUUAUGGGUGCGGCGAUACUUAACGAUGAUGAUUUAGCUAAGAGAUUACGAUUUCUUCAAAACUCUUUAGGUGCUGUCCCAUCACCGAUAGAUUGUUACCUAGUAAACAGAAGCUUAAAAACGUUGGCAUUACGAAUGGAGCAACAUAAAAAAUCAUCCCUAAUUAUCGCUAAAUGGUUAAAACAACACCCACAAGUUGCGGAAGUAAUGCAUCCAGGUCUACAGGAUCACCCGCAAUAUGAAAUUGCUAAAAAACAGACGUGUGGUCACUCAGGCGUCUUCAGCUUCGUGCAUAAAGGUGGAUUAGAAGAAUCUAGAAAACUUUUGAAGUCUCUAAAAAUUUUCAUUUUGGCUGAAAGUUUAGGAGGAUAUGAAAGUUUAGCAGAAUUACCAUCUCUAAUGACGCACGCGUCGGUGUCAGAGGUACAGCGAAAAGAACUUGGUAUCACCGACUCUCUUAUAAGAUUGUCGGUUGGAUUGGAAGACACCGACGAUCUUAUAAAAGAUUUAGAACAAGCUUUUAAACAAAGUUUUUAA